CAUUCAUCAUGAGCUGGACCCUCAUGAAGCUAGCAGUUAGCUUUACGCGCUAAUCACUGAUAGGUGUAAUUAAUUGAUUAGUCGGUCCUUUCGUGGACCGUACAUUUAUAAACUGUAAUUUCAACUGAAUAUUAUUCAAACGACACUCUCCUGCCUGGUGUACUAGCAACCGAUUUAACGUGUCGUGUUAUGGGAGAUAAACGGAGGUCAGACGAGUGGUUGGCUGUCAACAGUAAUGACAACAAUAAGGUCCACAUUGACAGUUCAUAGUCUAGCACUGUUCAACUAUAAAGUGAAUCAUGCCUGGGAAACUGAAGGCCAAAAUUGUGGCAGGGCGCCACUUGCCUGUGAUGGACAGAGCCAGUGACCUUACUGAUGCUUUUGUAGAGGUUAAGUUUGGAAACACAACUUUUAAAACCGAUGUCUGUCCCAAAUCCCUCAACCCACAGUGGAACUCAGAAUGGUUCAAAUUUGAGGUUGAUGAUGAGGACUUGCAGGAUGAGCCAUUGCAGGUCACAGUGUUGGACCACGAUACUUACAGUGCUAAUGAUGCCAUAGGGAAAGUUUACAUUGACAUUGACCCGCUGCUGUGCAGUGAGGCUGCCUCUGUCAUCUCUGGCUGGUUCCCUAUCUAUGAUACAAUCCACGGUAUUCGAGGUGAGAUUAAUGUUCUCGUCAAAGUGGAGCUUUUCAAUGAUUUGAACCGCUUCAGACAGUCGUCCUGUGGGGUCAAGUUCUUCUGCACCUCAUCCAUUCCACGGUGCUACAAGGCAGCGAUGGUACACGGGUUUGUGGAGGAACUUGUGGUGAAUGAAGAUCCGGAGUACCAGUGGAUCGACCGUAUCAGAACUCCUCGGGCCUCCAAUGAGGCCCGUCAGAGGCUCAUCUCUCUCAUGUCCGGAGAGCUACAGAGGAAAAUAGGGCUUAAGGUACUGGAGAUGGGCGGAAAUGCAGUGGUGGGCUAUUUGCAGUGUUUUGACCUGGAGGGAGAGUCAGGCCUGGUGGUCCGGGCCAUAGGUACCGCCUGCACACUGGAAAAACUCAGCUCUGGAAGCGCCCCUAACUCCAACACACAUAUGCACCCUAACACAGCCCCGCCUUCCAAUGCCUGCAAUUCCCCUUCUAAGGAUGGAAAGGAGCCGGUAUUUGCUGAGGACCUGACCCUGUCCUCCGGCCCGUCAACCCCUUUCAGAGCCCUCCCCACCACCUCCUCCUCCUCCCCUCCCCCCUUCUCUCCCUCCAAGCCAUGCAGCCGCCAGUCCUCAUCAUCAGACACAGACCUCAGUUUGACGCCCAAGACGGUGAAGCCAGUGAGAAGCAGGCCUGGGAUCUUCCUGUGCCCCAGCUCCCCCACCCUCUCCACAGACACUCUGUCCCUUUCUGGUUCUGGCUCAGUGAUCUGUGGUCACAACUCUGCUCAUAGAGCCAGCACCCCGCCCCCUCCCUUCAGCGUCCACUCAGACACUGUCUUGCUGAGAAAAAGCGUGUCCUUCACAGAGGACCUGCUGCUGGCAGCCUCCGGAAUGGGCAAUGGAGGUAGCGCCGGGAAGGAGGCGGGGCCUCUGAAGACCCUGCUCAGACAGCAGACGCAGACGGCUCUUGAGCAGAGGGGAGCGUCCUCCUCUGGGUUAUUGUUAAACGCCAGGGAGUUCCCCUUUUUCACCUUGACGUCGUUCCCUCCUGGCUUUCUGGUUCAUGUCGGUGGAGUGGUCAGCGCUCGUUCUGUCAAACUAUUGGACCGUAUACACAACCCUGCCUUGGGUAACACUCGCUCAUACAAACUGCUAGACUGGAAUAGUGUCACUGCAGAUGAGCCAGAGACUCGCGACGCCUGGUGGGAGGAGAUACGCCAGGAGAUCAAAUCUCAUGCCAAAGCUCUUGGUUGCCAUGCUGUGGUGGGGUACAGUGAGAGCACUAGCAUCUGUGAGGAAGUGUGUAUCCUGUCAGCCUCAGGCACAGCAGCCAUCCUGAAUCCUCGAUAUAUGCGCGAAGGCUGCCUCGACAUCGUAAUCGGCGACCACAGGUUUGAGGAGCCGUCUCCUCCGAGUUGUGGUUUCUGCCACAUCCCCUAUGAUGAGCUCAACAUGCCCUUUCCAGCCCAGCUCACUUACUGCUACCAGUGCAGGCGGCAAAAGGUUCCUGAUGUGCUCUUCACAACAAUUGACCUGCCACCAGAAGCAGCUGUCACAGGAAAGGGCUGCCUUAUCCAGGCCAG